UUAGCCCGCCGUCCAUUUGACUUUUGCUCGAGGAUCCGUGAACACGAGUAAUCAAUCCCAUGUCCAAGUACUGUUCGCGGGAUUCGGCACGUACGAGGAAUGAGAGACACUUCCUUGCCAAUUGCGUACAAGUAAUUGCUCCCGUUUCAUGUUGGACAAUUCAUUGGCACUGGGAUAAAUUUUGGUUGUGGUCUUUUGUGAUUCAAAGUGCGAUCUGGAUGAAACAAGAUAGAUAUUUUUAACACUGGACCCUCACCGGCAUAUUGAUCUUACAUACAGAGAAAAUACCAAUUUUUACAAGUCGCUCACAGCAGAUGAAUUUCAGGCUGGCAUUUCAUGUAAGAUAGCCACUUCCAAUAUAAAAGGAUAGGAUAGAAAGAUUUAAGGCAUCAGUUUUUAACCGUCUUCAACCAGUCAAAAGCAGGUUUAAGUGAAGUGGAGAGUCGUCAAAAAAGAAAAAUGAAGGUCUUCGCCAUAACUUUAUUGACCGUUUGCACUACUUCGAGCUUUCUGGUUGAGGCUGAUGACGGCUACGGGAAAGAGCACCACCAUCCCGCCUAUUACAAGUACGGCUACAAAGUGCACGACGACUACCACGGCACAGAUUUCGGCCACAAUGAGCAUCGCGAUGGACAUGUCACCAAAGGCGAAUAUCACGUCAAGUUGCCCGAUGGUCGCGUGCAAACCGUCACCUACUACGUGGAUGGCUACAAAGGCUACGUGGCUGAGGUCAAGUACCAUGGCAAGGCCCAUCAUCCCCAUGUCAAACCGCACAAGGGCUACGGGCAUGAUCACGGGCACGAUCACGGGCACGGCCACGGUGGCCACUCGGAAGUGUAUGGACACCAAAAGCCAGGUCAUGAUCAUGGGCACCAUGACCAUGGUUACGGCCAUCACUAAAUGCCAAUGCAAAUAACAGUGGAUAUUAAUAGAACAUAGGAUAGCUCUCCGUUUAUGUAUGGGACAAUAUUAUUUGAGAGUGCACUUGUUAUUGAUUGAAAUCUAUUGACGUAGAACUAGAACACCUAUAAUAAAGCAUCUAAUGACAAUAAACUUAGUU